UGACAAAGCGUGAGCAUUCCACGACUGUCGAAAACUGACUUAGUGACUUUGUCUCAAACCUUUGCCAUUUUAAUUAGUAAUUGGGAUUGUUUUUAAUAAUAAAAAAUACUUGUAAAGGUAAACAUGGACAACGACACCACUGCAGGUUUAACUACAAAUGAACAAACGGAAAUGGAAAGACUUUCAGUAUUAGAAGAUAGGGUCUGUCCUUUAUGUUCAUCUAAAAUUAAUUUCUUUUUUAUCAAUUACUUUGAAAAAUUUUUGAUGUGUGAGAACACCGAGUGCGAGUUUCCAUUUGGUUAUGAAGACUUACAGUUUGCCAAAGUGGAUAAUCCUGACACUGAAACUGUGUCUAUAAGAACUAAACAAAGUUAUUCAUCACCUUCAUCUAUUUCUGGCAUCACAGUAUCUGACGUAGACCAGCUGUACCAAGCAUGUGAGUCUGAGAAUCCUGAUCAAGUACCUGUAUCUUUAAAUCGGCCAACUAGACCCCGUCAAAGCAAUAUACUUAAAAAUGUCGCCCCUCUCAAUAGCCUUCACUCAGAAAUUAUGAAAAUGAAUAGUCGGAUGAAGAUAAGCGAUCUCACAGAUAAGAAACUGAUUAAAAAUCUUUACAAGCUACAGAAUUGUACUGGAACACAGUUAUUGAAACCGCAAGAGUUGACUACCUUAAAACGGGGUGAAUGCCAAAAGCAAGCGGAAGUUAAAAUAGAUAUAAAUCGGAUGGAAAAUGACAUCUCUGUUAUAAAAAUUGAGUUGCUGAGUUCAGAGGUUAGUGGAGAUUAGUAUUGGUGAUAUACUGGUAUGUAGAUGGUGCACUGGGAAUGUACGACAUGUCAAUGAAUCCACAAUAUUCUACUUUAAUUCUUUUAAGUACCGUCACAUUUUUCCCAGCAAAAAAUAUUAAUAAUUUGCUAUCUUAGAAAAGUAAUUUUUUUUAAAUGUACAAUGGAAUAAAUGAUAUUAAAGUUGUCCAAUUGUAUGAAAAAAUUUGAUUCAUCAGUUCCUAAUAAGCAACAGUACAAUACGGACGUCGUUUUUGAAGUGAAACUUCUAUAGGCGCAUGAGGGUAAAAUUUUCACGGAUGAAACGCAAUAAUAUUAACGUCACGAAAAUGUGCAGCGUUUUUGUCGAAGAAAAGAGAGAGAGUGAGAAAGGGCGAACGUAGCAUGAAGCAAAUAGCUAUGGGCGAGAGUAGGCAAGCAACUGAGAAAGAUCGAAAGAGAGAGUGAGAUAGAGCGAACGUCGCACCACGCACAGUGCCAUGGAGCGCGAGGUGGGAGAGAGCUAUAGUGAGAAACGAGAAAAAUACACGCUAUUGGUUGAUGUA